AUGGCCACACGGCAACAUGGCCACACGGCCACAUGGCCACACGGCCACAUGGUCACACGGCAACAUGGCCACACGGCCACAUGGUCACACGGCAACAUGGCCACACGGCAACAUAGCCACACGGCCACAUGGCCACACGGCAACAUGGCCACACGGCAACAUGGCCACACGGCAACAUGGCCACACGGCAACAUGGCCACACAGCAACAUGGUCACACGGCAACAUGGCCACACAGCAACAUGGCCACACGGCCACAUGGUCACACGGCAACAUGGCCACACGGCAACAUGGCCACACAGCAACAUGGCCACACGGCCACAUGGCCACACGGCCACAUGGUCACACGGCCACAUGGUCACACGGCAACAUGGCCACACGGCAACAUGGCCACACGGCCACAUGGCCACACGGCAACAUGGUCACACGGCCACAUGGCCACACGGCCACAUGGCCACACGGCAACAUGGCCACCCAGCAACAUGGCCACACAGCAACAUGGCCACACGGCCACAUGGCCACACGGCAACAUGGCCACACAGCAACAUGGCCACACGGCAACAUGGCCACACGGCCACAUGGUCACACGGCAACAUGGCCACACGGCCACAUGGCCACACGGCAACAUGGCCACACGGCCACAUGGCCACACGGCAACAUGGCCACAUGGCCACAUGGUCACACGGCAACAUGGCCACACGGCCACAUGGCCACACGGCAACAUGGCCACACGGCCACAUGGCCACACGGCCACAUGGCCACAUGGCCACAUGGUCACACGGCAACAUGGCCACACGGCCACAUGGCCACACGGCAACAUGGCCACACAGCAACAUGGCCACACGGCCACAUGGCUACACGGCCACAUGGUCACACGGCAACAUGGCCACACGGCCACAUGGCCACACGGCAACAUGGCCACACAGCAACAUGGCCACACGGCCACAUGGCCACACGGCCACAUGGUCACACGGCCACAUGGCCACACGGCCACAUGGCCACACGGCCACAUGGCCACACGGCAACAUGGCCACACGGCAACAUGGCCACACGGCAACAUGGUCACACGGCAACAUGGCCACACGGCAACAUGGCCACACGGCAACAUGGUCACACGGCAACAUGGUCACACGGCAACAUGGCCACACGGCAACAUGGCCACACGGCAACAUGGUCACACGGCAACAUAG